AGAACGCAGAGAAACAUGUUUCCAGGAGUGUUCAUGCAAAAGCCAGAGAAAUCCGUGGCACUCAAGGAAUUGAAGAGCCAUGUUGCUUUAUUCGCCGCCUGUGUCGUUCUGAUCCGUUCUGCUACAUACGUCCUCUCUUAUUUCUCUGAUUCCAUGGAAGAGCUCAAGAUCGACCUCUAAAAUUUCCAUUCAACUAUUUAGGG